AUGUUGAUGUUCUCAGCCUUCAAGACCUUGACAGGCCAGACUGUCACGGUCGAGCUCAAGAACGAUUUAGCUAUUCAGGGUACUCUCAAAAGUGUGGAUCAGUUUCUCAACUUUAAGCUGGAUGACAUCAAGGUGCUAGAUGAAGCACGGUACCCACACAUGAUGGCUGUCAAGUCUACUUUCAUCCGAGGAUCUGUCGUUCGAUCUGUACACAUCCCAGCCGCUGCUGUUGAUACCCAGUUGCUUGAAGAUGCCACACGACGGGAAUCAGAAUCGCAAAGUAAGCACUAA